CAAUCAUAGUUGCUCGCACUUGAGUAGCGUUUGAAUUAAGGGGCAGUCACAACUGUCACCAGAUAAGUGCAACACACGGUUUUUGCACCAUCAUUUCCCAACCACAAAAUAAAUAAGCUAUCUGUCAGGCAAGGAAUCAACAGUAUCAACGCCAAGAAGAGACAAAAGGAAGCGUAAUCGAAAGGACUACUUCAGACAUGGUUGACACGCAGACUCUAGGCUGGUCCAUGGGCUUUGGCCUGACCGCUCUGGAGCUGGAGGAGCUAGACAACAGCUCCCACUCUCUGGACCUGAAGCCCUACUCCAUGCUGGACUACACCAACCUCUCAGGAAUGGAGUACGACCCCAGCCUGUCCCAAGGAGACUACACACACACAGACCUGACUCACAUGUACAGCUACAGACAACAGGAAAGCCAGAACUACAUAAAGCUUGAGCCAGAGUCCCCUCCUCUGUACACUGAGAGCGGUCUGCCUUACUCCAAGCUGCAUGAGGACCCCUCCACUGCUGUGUUGAAUAUUGAAUGCCGUGUGUGUGGGGACAAAGCUUCAGGGUUCCACUAUGGAGUUCAUGCCUGUGAAGGCUGCAAGGGCUUCUUCCGCCGCACCAUCAGAUUAAAGCUGGUGUACGACCACUGUGACCUGCGCUGCCGCAUCCACAAGAAGAGCCGCAACAAGUGCCAGUACUGCCGCUUCCAGAAGUGCCUGAUGGUGGGCAUGUCACACAACGCCAUUCGCUUUGGCCGCAUGCCCCAGGCGGAGAAGGAGAAGCUCUUGGCGGAGGUCUCGGCUGACAUGGACCACAUGCACCCAGAGUCGGCUGACCUGCGCGCCCUGGCCAAACAUUUAUAUGAGUCCUAUCUCAAGUACUUCCCCCUCACCAAAGCCAAGGCCAGGGCUAUCCUCUCAGGCAAAAGCAACGACAGCUCUCCCUUUGUGAUCCACGACAUGCGCUCCCUUAUGGAGGGGGAGCAGCACAUCAAUAGCCAUCAGAUCCGCUUCCCUGCGACCGGUCCCCCUGAGGUGGGCCUGCUACCUGGAGACACGUUUGAGUCUGUGGAGUUGCGCUUCUUUAAACGCUUUCAAUCACGGUCAGCUGAGGCCAUCCGCGAGGUCACUGAGUUUGCCAAGAGCAUCCCGGGCUUCAUGGAGCUGGACCUGAAUGACCAGGUGACACUGCUGAAGUACGGUGUCAUGGAGGUGCUCAUCACCAUGAUGUCGCCGCUCAUGAACAAGGACGGCACACUGAUGGCCUACGGCCAGAUCUUCAUGACGCGCGAGUUCGUCAAAAGCUUGCGCAAGCCCUUCUGUCAGAUGAUGGAGCCCAAGUUUGAGUUCUCCUUGAAGUUUAACAUGUUGGAGUUGGACGACAGUGACAUGGCACUCUUCCUCGCGGUGGUCAUCCUCAGUGGAGAUCGUCCUGGCCUAAUCAACGUGAAGCCCAUCGAGGACCUGCAGGAGACCGUGCUCCACUCCCUGGAGCUGCAGCUGAAGAUGAGCCACCCGGACUCCCUGCAGCUUUUCGCCAAGUUGCUGCAGAAGAUGACGGACCUCCGGCAGAUGGUGUCUGAUCACGUGCAAUUGAUCGGAAUGAUUAGAAAGACAGAAAUCGACAUCUGUGUGCACCCACUUCUGCAGGAGAUCAUCAGAGACUUGUACUAGGAAGCACAUGAGCAGCAGUGCUUGAUGAUGUGAUGCCACGUCUGGAGCUCCGUUUGUGCCUUUUGGUGGCAGCUGUGGAGAGCUGUGACCCGUGUUCUCGCACUGGACGACAGGUCGGCAAUCUGCUCUCGGUCAUGGGGGUGGUCCAGGACUGACCAUGUUUGAGGAAGAAUGAUGAUUUCAUUUGAACGCUUCUGUCAGACUGUGCUGACUUUUUGUAUUGAUACAACUGCUUUGAUAACUGCAUGAGUAAUAAAUAUGGCUUGACACCAAUCUAAACAGCUAAGAAUCUUAACUGUAAAACUAUACAAAUGGCUGUUUGCCUUCAGGAAACAGUUACAUGUUCAUGGUAAAAUAAUAGAAAUGUGUAUGUAUCAAUAGUAUUAGGUCACAGAGUAUUGUGAAUUACCAUGUUUUGGCAUGGUCUGUUGUUUUACCAUAUUUGUGGAAAAUCAGGCUAUGUCAGGUAGUUUUCUGUUAAGUGUUACUAAGGAAGUGAAUAUAAAGGAUUGUGUUGAAACAAGGGAAAAUGUCACUGUGAAUGCUCUUCAUGACUCUUUAUGUCUUGAAACUGUGUACAUACUUGUAAUUUUUGCUUUGUCUGAUUGAUUUUUUUCUCAUAUAAUCAAGAUCUCAAGGUGUUAUGCAUCAUAAUUCAUAGAAUGUAUCCCAUAUAUGCCAUUUUGAAUAAUGUAUCUCUUUUGAGGUGUCACUCAACCAGCAAAAACAUAUUUCUAGUUAUUUAGCACUGAUUGAUUAAAUGAUUUUGAGUCUUUGUGCCUUGGUGAAUUGAAAGGGAAAUACAUACUGUGCCUUCUAAA